AUGGCGCAUGCCAAUGAUCCAAAGACAACAAUGUAUAUGAAUGAAUUCGGUACAUUAGAGCGACCAAAGGAUUUGGCUUCUAGUCCAGCAAGGUAUUUGCAGAAACUUAGGGAGCUUCAAACUAUUCGAGUUGCCGGAAAAAUUCCUUUCGGGAUCGGUCUUGAGUCUCAUUUCAGUAUUCCUAACAUUCCGUAUAUGAGAUCAGAUCUUGACAUUCUUGCUGCCACUGGUUUGCCUAUUUGGCUCACUGAGGUCGAUGUCAAAGCUCCUCCAAAUGUCCAGGGCAAGUAUUUCGAGCAGGUCCUAAGGGAAGGCCACGCGCAUCCGCAGGUGAAAGGAAUGGUGACUUGGACAGGUUAUAAUCCAUCGGGUUGCUUCGUAAUGUGCCUCACCGAUGGAACCUUUAAGAACCUACCCACUGGAGAGGUUGUGGACAAACUUUUGCGUGAAUGGGGAGGGCUUGGGGGGAAAACCACAGGUUUAAGUGAUGCUGAUGGAUUCUUUGAAGUUUCACUCUUCCAUGGUGACUAUGGUCUCAACAUUUCACGUCCUUUCGCCAAUUCAAAAGCCUCUUAUAGCUUUAGUUUAACUUCUGAUGACUCUUCCUCACCAUCUCCUUUGGUGUUUCGUGUUUGA